GAAUCUCCCCCCGCUCACCCGCAACCAUGGCAGAUGACUUUUCGUUGGAGGAAGCUUUGCCUUCACAAAGUGCAGCAAACGCCCAGCAUUCCCAGGGUCAGGAGCAAGGCCAGCCACCCCAACAGCCCUGGCAAUGGGGCAACCCUCCACCAGGCCAGUAUCCUUUUCCAGGUCCUUAUCCAGGUUAUCCUGGUGCUGCACCUAGCCAACAAUAUCCAGGACCAUUUCCUGGCCAACAGUAUCCAGGUUUCCCUCCACCAGGCCAGGGAUACCCAGGUUUCCCUGCACCAGGCCAGGGAAACCCAGGAUUCCCUGCACAAGAUCCACAAAAACCUGGAGCUCCAGGGCAGCCUGAAUAUCCUGCUCCAUCUGCUCUAGUUCAGCUAAAAGUUCCGUAUGAACUUCCUCUGCCAUCUGGGGUUGUACACCGUCUAGUGAUCACAAUUCAUGGCACAGUUAACCCAAAUGCAAAGAGAUUUGCCAUUGACUUCAGAAGAGGCCAUGAUAUUGCCAUGCACAUCAACCCACGUUUUGAUGAAAGACCCCAUGUUAUUGUGCGCAAUUCAAUGAUCCAUAACAAAUGGGGACAUGAAGAGCGACAUGCUCAAAAGUUUCCAUUCGUAGCAGGCCAGCCUUUUAAGCUCCAAGUCAUGUGUGAAGCUGACCAUUACAAAGUGGCUAUAAACAACGAAACUCUUUUCCAGUACGUCCACAGGGUGAAGGAGCUACAUGAAAUCAGGAGUGUGUGUAUUGCUGGUGAUGUUACUUUAAAUGAGGUUACUCCUUCCAUGGCCUGAGGAUUUAUGAUUUAUGAAAUUUGUAGAGAACUCCUUUGUAACUGGCUCAGCCACUAUGCCAAGAUGUUAAUUCAACCAAUGAACUUUUGUUACAGUAAUUAAAUUGUUUGUGGUUCUUACUGGAAAAUAAAAUAUUGCAUUGUAAUACAAA